AUGUUAGUCGGAAUACACCAUGUGGUUAUGUACGAAGGAACCACGGCCGACACGCCUGCAGACCCAACCACCACGAGCACAGACACUGGCACUACCAAUGCCACAGCCACGGCUACCAACACCAACAGCACAAAAACCGAUGCUGCCAACCAAGCACUGACGAAGAAACUAAUAGCUUUGGAAAAGGAUUUGACCCAGAAUUUGAAAUACACGGGCACUACGAAUGCGCCAGGUCCACUUCAGGUCGAAGCAAACAGCACG